AGGGAGAAAGCGCGGAAUGAAAGCUGUGGAUGGUUUUUAUGGGUGGAAUGAGUUGUUUCCAAGGACGAGUAGAGGGGAGGAGAGAGGGAGAGAGAGAGAGCAACCCCCUUAAGCCGCCACGCCCAUGGAAACACAGCACACAAACUUCCUCACGUUAAUCAUGCUGCUUAACUGUGUCAUAGGAAUAGUCAUACAUACACCAAGGCCUUAUUUGAUGUGUGUAGUGUUUGGGAAAUAUGUGUAGGUGGUUGCUGUAUGGAAUGAUGGGGUGACAGCAGCUGUGAAGGUCAAAAACGAGAAGUUCAAGGUGUUUCCAAGGGUGAGAGUGGCUUUCUUUAGCGGUAUUUUGCACGCUUGAGACUCGUUGGUGGAAGUUUUCAGCGCAGUGAACCAGUAGAAGAAAUAAUACCAGGAACAUGAAGAGUGAAGAGGAGCCCACCACAGACUCUGCCUCGGAGUCUUUGGACCAGAGUGAAGUGCAGACGCUAGUUGAACUACAGCUGUCGGAAGUGGACAUGCUUCAGUCAAUGUUCCCCGGGCCCAGAGAGCUGGUGGUGGACGACCCGUCGGUGCUCUGUGACCUGAGGGACUUUGCUGAGGGCCGCAUCACUUUGUUGCCGCCACGCCUCGAAUUCGUGAUAAAUCUGGAUGUGGAAAAGGGUCAGCUGAGCAUGAGUGUUAAUCUGCCCCACCAGUACCCAGCUGUACAACCGACAGUGUUUGUGCGCUCCCAGACUCUGUCACGAGAGGCUCAGCAUCGCCUCAACCAGGACUUGCUCACGCACCUCAAGACCAUACAGGAGGGAGACCUGUGCAUAGGACCAGCGGUCACAUGGCUGCAGGAGAAAGGUGGAACAUUUUUUGAAGACUACCCACAAAUGGAAAAUGCAGAGGAUGCUUCAGUGGAAACAAAAGAUGACAAAUUUGCACGUCUUUGGAUAUAUUCUCACCACAUCUAUAGCAAAAUAAAGAGGAAAGAUAUACUUGAUUUGUCUCGAGAGUUUGACUUGACCGGGUUCUGUCUGCCAGGCAAGCCGGGCAUCAUCUGUGUGGAGGGACAUUCUCAGAACACUGAGGAUUGGUGGCACAAGGUGCGGUCAUGGAACUGGCAAAAGAUUUUGUGUAAGAAGCGUGAAGAAGUCAACAUUUCCAACGACCAAGACUUGUCUGCAUUUCGGAGAUUUUCAACGUUUGAGGAGCUCGGGUCAGAAAACAACAUUCGGGUGAAGAAUGGCGGGUUCCACGUGAACAUGGGAGAUGUGUUCAGGUACCUGGAGGAGCACGAGUGUGGCUACGUGUUCAAGGAUUAUUUUGGCAUUAGUGGGAGGCCAACAUGAUUUUUAUGCUGAAACAUGAUAAAAUGAAGAUGUUGCUAUAUAUUAUGUAGUAUAAAAAUAUCAGAAAUUAUUUUAUGGAGUCAAAGACUGAAUUUUAUAAUAUAGAGUAUAUAAAUUGCUAUAUGCACAAAUAUAUUUGUCUGGAUAGAUGGUUCGGGAGUAUAGCUGUUUUCCAGUCAGUGCAGCCAAGUCUGCCUCCACCUUUUCCCUGCCUUGCCUCUUAACACUGAUGGACUGUUUGUAUUUACUGAGCUGGUAUUUUCUCAGCUUUAUUUUGGUGAUGGCCACAUCUCUCAUAUGAUGAUGGAUACUUGUAUGUGGACAAAAUAAGUAAAAGAUAAAGAGAUUUUAGCAAAGAUAAAGAGUUUUUAGCAAGGAUCUGAGAAACAUAAUUACACAAUAUUGAGACAUUUUUGUAUGGAGGAAGAUUCUAGUCCAUUUAUGGAAAGGAGUUUCAACUUGAGUGACACUUAGUACUAAUAGAUAAUGAAAAUAAGCAAAUUCUUAAAAGAUAAACAAAUCCAGAUCCAGUGUAGAUUGGAAUCCAUCAACAAUUCUUGUUACUGAUCCUGGUGAAUCAGAUCAUCACAGGUAAUUAAUUCUGUUCAUAUUAAUGUUCCACUUCCAUUGUACAAAAUAGCCUCCAUGGAUUGAUAGAGCCAUGCUUGGCCUGGCAGAGCCUCACCUAGGCUGCCUCACUAGCAGCAGCACAAUGCUUUGUUAUUAAGAUAAACUGAACACCGAAUGCUUGACCCAUUUAUUCAUUGCAAAUGCAGGAAUAUAUAUAUUCAACUAUGCAUGUAGUACAAAGCUUGAUGCAUAAAAUAUUUAAGAUUAUAAUGCAGUAGCAAAAAACAUCAGCAAACUCAUAACAGCAGAAAACAUUUGUCUACAAGCCAGUAAGAAAAUAGUGUUUUUUAAAUUGUCUUAAAACUCCUUCAUAUCUUCACAGUCUACUUCUCUUAUCCUUUGCUUCAUCCUGACACUACUGUCACUCACCUAAAUGAAAAGUUAUGUAUGGUUGUGAAUACAUAGAUACUAGUUAUGUGGUACCUGAGAUUGGCCUGUAUUACUAUAUAGUUGUACGACAAAUUGUCUGCCUCAUUGUCUGGAGCAUUUUUGUUUGAAUGUUUGUCCAUUGAGGAUCCACAGCCAAUACAGCAUUGGUACUGUGUGGUGACUGACACUGCCAAUGCCUAACCUGAAGUAAGGUGUUGUAUGUUGCUCUCAGGUCUGUUUCAAAGUGUUUCCAAUACAGAUCAUCUAUCUCAUCAGAGGUUGCCUAACUUUAGUGUGUCACUGUUGUUGUUGUUGUUGUUGUGUGCAUUCUGAUACAUCCUUUGUAAUUUAGUAUAAGCAAAACAGCUUCAGUCUGGUGUUGAAUUAAGAGGCUUUGAGGUUACCAAUAUGUGAAUUCUUUCAAGAGAAAAAUAUGGAUAUCAAUCAAUUAUGGGUUUGCAAGGACUUGUUCAUGUAAGGUUUUAGGCAGCAAGACAUCAAUAUGUAUCGCUCACUGAAGUGAACUUACCAGCUUAAAGUGAUGCAUGUAAAAUAUGGCAUUUCUCACUACAAAAUAAUUGUUUUUAGAUAUUUUCUCUGAAAGAGGCAAAACUAUUUCAAGCUUCUAAAGCUUAAAAUAACAAAUAAUCAUGCCCUAAUUUAACAUUAAAUGACCAGCAUGUAUAGCUCAACCCAGGAUUAAAAGAGGAGAGAAUUCAGUGACAGUUUCCAAUGAAAUGAAGGAACUGAAAUGUGUAUAGAGGAUUAUUCUGAUCUGAGAUAAUGAAAGAAUGCAAACGUUUGAGUAUAGAAUACAACUAUUUAUCAAUAAAUCAAGUCAGUGUCCCUGCAAAGAGGUAGAUGGCCAAGACUGCACACACAAACACAUCCCAAGACUAAAUUCAAAUUUACUAUGUUCAAGCCCUUUAUAUAUCUUAAAUGUUUUUUUUUUUUUCUUUUUCUUUUUUUUUUUUUUCUGAAAAUCAGCCUUCAAAAUAGAAAUGAUUAUCCUUGGAAGAUUUAGAAAGUGGAAUUGGUAUGAGCAAAUAUGAGCAAAGAAUAUGAGGUUCAACAGCAUGAAUGUUAUUUUGGAAUUAGAACAACACAAGCUCAGUUUAAAUGCUGCAUGGUGUGACUAGACUAAUAAAAUACAAUAGAGGAAGGCUGUCUUCUGUAUCUUCAGAAAGUAGUGUAGAAAUGUAGUGUAACGUAAAGAUAUGUAUUUAGUGGAACUGAACGGCAUGAUAUGAGGUGUUAUGCUUUGUUAAACAGCAUUGUCAUCGGGGUGACCCUUCCCCUCCUUAUUGUAGGCCUCUAGUCUGUUAACUAAUUACAGUUGCCAAGAAAUAUUGUGCAAGACAAUUGAUUAUACAGAGUGGUGGUGAGAUAAAACAGGAUGAAACACAAGUAAUUUGUCUAUCAACUACAACAAAGUACUUCUGCUUCACCCUUUGCUUCCUCUCACCUCAGCAUUCUACAUGUUCCUCACACUCAUCAAAACAUUCCUGCAAGUCACAGCAUUACACUGUUACUAGCAUCCUGGAAAACACUGUGAAGUGGUGCACGCUUGGUCGGUCUGGGUCCAAACUUCUCUCACUACUACUCUAUAUUCCAGAUGUGGUGGUUGUUCCUAAAUCAAAAUGUACUCUAAGGAAAACUAUUGCUCACUAGUAACUAUUUCAUACAUCAUUUUCUUUUUCUAUUAGUAUUUUAGGUAUAGGAAAUGUUCUAAUAAUCAGUAAAUUAAAACACAUCUGCAAUGAUCAACCUCCAUUCAGCCUUGGUGAUUGGUAACAUGUCUAACUUGUGUCUUUACCUUGAGUGUCUUGCCAGGGGCUCAGUCCCUGGUAACAUCCUCUCAUGGUCAGUUUGUCCUGACCAGUUUAAUUUCUCGAAAAGGCCAUAAUGUGUUAUGUAUGCUGGCGGGUGGCAAGCAGUUGAUGUGUCUUUUAUGGUGGCUGUAGGCAAGCAGCUUUGUGAUGGGAUGUAUGAUAGACUGAUGGGACUUCGAGUUAUACCAUGUUUUGUAAACCUUGAUUGCAAAUUGGCUUUCAACCUUGGUGAAAAUUACAAAAUACUGUAUCUCAAAUUCAGAUUACUCUUUCUGGAGAAAAAUCAAUGAGGCUGCUUUAGUAAAUGCAUUGAUCAACCUUCAGAGCAAGCACAGAAACCAGAUGGCUAAAGUUUUGUAUGUUUUGCCGUUGCUACAAAGUACAAAGUAAUGUUUCUCAGAUUUGGGAUUUUCUUUCUGGAGAAAAAAAUGAAUGAGUCAGCUUAAAAAAAAAUUAAUCAGUCUUCAUAAUACGAACAGAAACUAGUUGGCAGAUGUAAUUUCAAAUUUAGGUUCCUCUGUCUAAGGAAAACAAAUCAAGAGUGCUUAAGAAAAAUUGUUGAUUUUCAUAUUUCAUAAGAAUAGAAACUUGUUAUCAGAUGUCAGUUUCAUAUAUUCCUUAUUGAAGUGUUUUGUUUGUGGCUGUUGUGUUGUUACUCAUGGUGGACAGGUAGAUUCCUCACCAGUGGAUCCUGAUUACAAACUUGGUGAAUUUAUAUUAAUAAUUACCACUAUUUUGGUAUUUUCUCUCAUAAUAGUGUGAUCUCAGAAACUGGAGAAAAUAAUGUAUAGGAGUUACUAAAAAUAAUAUAUCUUUUUAUUUUUCAAUUUGUUUACUCUGGUUUUAGCCUUAAGGCAUCAAUUACAUAAACAUUAAGGGCUCGCUGUAUUCUGCUACUUAAUAUUUUAUUAUCUUUAAUUCCUAUCCACAAGACAAGAAUUUUUAAUGUCUCCAAAAUAUUCUGUAUGUAAGUGGCAGCUUAACAAAACAAUGACAGAGAACUGGGAAGCCUUCAUUCCAAAAUUUCCCACAUCUAACUUGUGCCAAGGCAAUUCAUUAGAAAGCUGUUUUCUUCAUUUUCCUUUAUUCAUUGUGUACUUAUUUUUUGUCGUCAUUAUAAUUUCCUUCCUGCAAUGGAGUGUUCCUGCAACUCCUACAGCACAGUGUGUACAAGCACCACAGAAUGCCAUGUUUUGCUCAGCACCAAGUAGUGAGGCCAGUGUUGCCAUUAGUAUUGCCCUUGGUGGGAGGCCAUGUGGCAAACCCUGCACCUGGCAGCCAGCAGUGACAUUGUCAAACAGCAUCAAGGUGUAGACAUGAUCAUAGUGAUUGAUGAACAUACUGUGUAUGUCCUGUCUGUACCAUGGCCUCCUUAAAGUUGCUUUAUUUUAAUUUUAUAUCAUUAUGUAGGUGUAUGUAAUUGCAUAUGAUGUAUUGCCUACUGCUGCUUGUGCUUUGAUCCAAGGGCAUAGCAUAACCCUUACUUAGUUUUUACUUUGAGCUAUUCCAAUAUUACAUAUAUUAUGGGCAAAGUAGUGUAUUACAGUUACAAGUGUGGACAAGUGAUACACACUGGUUUAUAGGAUGUAGGUACUGAUGAAGUGUAGCUUCAUAUUUCCAGAUACUUUGGUCUUUGUUCUUGGUAGUGUAUGAUCACAACUUCAAAAAAUUGUUUCUAUGGUAACAAAUGGUCUCUCUAUUGCGUUCUGAAGUUUAUAUUUACAGAGUCUUAUUUAUAUGAGAAUAUAUUAAAGUUUGUGUAUA